CCUCGUGUCAACUACAUAAUUACAGGAGAAAAAUUUUGAUUUCGAUAGCGCCAUGUCUUCGUUAUCUCCUACCAAUAAGAAGUACACGACUCGUUCGCCAGAGCGCCUCGAGGACUCGGUUUCGUGUCGGCAGACGGAUGUCGUGCUUUCGGCUGUCAAUCAUUCCGCCGCUUCGUCCUCCACUAUCACUUCACCUCUGUCCAAUCAUUCUACACGCAUAUUCCAUUCUGAUGAGACACGAGUCGAAUUUAAUGUUCCAUCGAUAGAAGAGACGAUAACUUUUCCAUGAUACACUCGUAGAUUAAACAAAUAUUCGUAUGUUCGAAGUGACUUGAAGAACGAAACGGAAUAGAAUUAGAUCACGUGGUCUAAGAUCUUUGUGGUGGACGACUUUGUUUACAACAAACAUGUCAGUGACUCCGUGCUUCUCGAUAUGGAACUCGAUACAAGGCGCACCUUCUUUCCAUCAAUUAAUCCCGAGGUUAAAAUUAGGAGCGUUGGAUAAUUGGUGAAGGGGCCAUAACGAGCUUGAAAAAUUGGCGCUGCUCAUCGUUUAAUUGAACGUCGUUCGCCUUUAUUUCUACCAGUGAACGAGCGUGGCGAACGGCAGUCGUGUGCUCGAAUUCGAUUCGAAACAAACCUACUUUCCGCAAUAUCGAGCAUUAUCAGCAGACAAAAUUCCUAGAAUCGGUAUCUCAAGAAGAAAAUCCGAGGAGGAAAAUAAGCGGUAACGGUGCGAGGACGACCGCAAAUUUUGUAAAAAAUAAAUCCAACGCAUUCUCCAAUGGACAGUGCAAUCCGCUUCGGUCGGUUCAGUUCGUUCUGCCCACAGUUCCACUCACGGUUAUCCAGUUCUCCGUGAGCAUUAGAACAGUACAGUUCAUAUCUUCACGCGAUUGCAUUACUUUCAACUUUGCAGCCAGCAAUUCGUCUCAUUCAUCUUGCGUCGAGCGAUCUUCGCGUUGGAAUCAACGAGAUUAGCGAGUUUGAAGUGCGUGCAUUUUUUUCUUUUCUAAACUUUUGCCAAUUAGAAGAAAGAAGAGGGAAAGAAUUAGGGAAGAAAAUCGAAAUUUGAAAUACGAUGUCCACUAGGCUGGAAUCGAGAAAAGUGAUCUGAAUCGGAAGCAAGUGCGAGAAUAUCGUCGCGAACAAAUAAACGAGGUUUGCCAAGAUCGAAAAAUGGCGAGCGUGGACAAUAACCUGGAGGAAUUGAUGAGCCAUCUCGGGGAAUUCGGUAAAUACCAAUUCUGGCAAUUCUCCCUGCACAUCCUGGGCGCGUUGACGGCCGGUCUGCACAUGCUGACACUGUUGACGGUGGCCGCUGUACCACCCCACAAGUGCAACGUGCCCGAGACCACCGCGGAUCCUCUCAAUAAUCUCACGACGAUCUCGAAUUCGAGCGUGGAAAUUUUGCCCCGAGCCGUGGACGCUUGUUACUACUUGGACGCGAACAACGAGAUGAAGGAAUGCGAGUCGUGGACCUACGACACCCAGUACUUCCAAUCGUCCCGAGGCAUGGAGUGGAACUUCGUGUGCUCGCGAAGGUGGAUGGGCGCCCUGGCCCAAUCCUCCUACAUGUUCGGCGUGUUCAUCGGCGCGGUGACGCUGGGCAGCCUUGCCGACAAAUACGGUCGAAAGAUAAUAUUCUACGUGUCGGCGAUCGCGCAACUCGUUCUCGGAGUGUCAGUCGCGUUCGUCAACAACUACCACCUGUUCCUCGUGUUCAGGUUCUUGUACGGGAUCUUCGGCUCGGCGGGCGCGUACAUAACAGGAUUCGUGCUCAGCAUGGAGCUGGUGGGCGCCACGAAGAGGACCGUCUGCGGGAUAAUGUUCCAACUAACUUUCGCCGUUGGUUUCAUGCUGGUUGCGAUUUGGGGGGCCGUGAUCAAGGAUCGUACGUGGCUGCAGAUCGUUUACGGCCUUCACAGCGCCCUGUUGGCCGGCCACUGGUGGCUGAUGGACGAGUCGCCCAGGUGGUUGUGGGCCCAGGGCCGCGUCACCGAGGCGCUCGCGAUCGUGCAGAAGGGUCUGAGGAUGAACGGGGCCGACGUCGACGUGGACGCCGCGAAACUGAUCGGGGAGGGGAAGAUUCGAGGGCACGUGGAUCGAAGGGAGCGGUCUUACGGGGCGUUGGACCUGUUCAAGACGCCCAAUCUGCGCAAGAAGACGUUGAACGUGUGCCUGAAUUGGUUCGCCAACUCGAUCGUCUAUUACGGCCUGUCUUUGAACGCGGGCAACCUGGUCGGCAAUCCCUUCCUCAUGCUGUUCCUCAGCGGCCUGGUCGAGAUGCCCACCUACGUGAUGAUCUGUUUCCUGAUGGAUCGGCUGGGGAGAAGGUGCAUGAUCACCUCGUUCAUGUUGAUCGGCGGCGUGUGUUGCAUAACAGCCUCCGUGAUACCCGGCGGAUCGGAUUUGACAAGGACGGCGAUCGUCGGGAUCGUUCUGUUCGGCAAGUCGAACAUAUCGGGCUCGUUCGCCGUUAUUUACAAUUACACGGCCGAGUUGUUCCCCACCGUGGUGAGGAACACGGGUUUGGGAAUUGGAUCGAUGUGCGCCCGUCUCAGCGGCACUUUGACACCCGCCAUAAUGCUGUUGGACUCGUUGGACCCCAAAGUGCCCGCCAUUCUCUUCGGUUUCAUCGCCCUUCUGUCCGGUUUCCUGUCCAUGUAUCUGCCCGAGACGGUGAACCAACCGAUGCCCGAGACCAUAGAGGACGGGGAGAAUUUCGGCAGGCACGACACCUGCUUCGCCACGUGCUUCGGCUCGGAUAAAAAAGGCAGGUCCACUUACGAAGUUAAGUUGAAUCAAUUGGCGGAGAAGGACGAGAAGGAGAGGUUGAAUCAGGGUGAAAACGCUAGGGAGUAUUCCUCUUGAAAUGUAAAAAUGUGAGAGGGUGGGGAAAAGAUGUAAAUGUUGCAGAAUUUUUUUUUCUUUUUCUUUUUUUAUUAUCAUUCGUGAAAAACGUUUGGAUGAUUCGUGUCUUCUACGAAUUUCUAGAUUUUUCGUAAUUGCAACUGGAGAAAUCCAACGUUGCGAAACUAUGCAACGGCCGUUAUUUUAUGUACGGGCGUUUUUUAUUUUGCUUUAAAUAAUGCAAUGGUUCGAUUUGUUGACGAUAAUUUGAAAUGUUUUUCUUUUAAUUAUUUUGUUACAGAAAAAUUCCGCAGCGUUAAUACGGCCACUGUUUGACGUGAAAAGAAUAUCGAUGCGUCAAAAAUUAAUUUUUAAACUUAUCUUUUCCACGUUAAAUCUGAAAGAGAGGCGAGUUCUUUUCAUUAACGAUCGUAUUUUUAUGAUUUUUUUUUUUUUUUCGUUCUUAGUACGUUCAUUGCUGAAAAAAAUAAUAUACGAAAAAAUUUUAUUCGAUACGAUUUCAAAUUUGACGCGAAUAUUGUUAUGAAUAUUCUCUUUGCGAUUUCUAAUUAUAUAUUUUUUACAUUUAUCACGCGCAUGAUAAAUGUAGGUAAUGACUCGAAUGGUAUGCAAUGAAUAUAUUUAAAAGGAUUUAACAAAAGACCAUUGUUCCUAUUCUGCUAUUUUCUAUUUAGUGUGUGAAAAGAUAUGACAAAGAAUUUAUUGUUCUUAAAAAGAAAUGUAUGCAUCUGCAAAGAAAGUUACUAGAAAGACUGAAAUUUCUAGAAAUUGUUCAAAUCAAAAUCUCUCUUCUAUCAAAUAUCUAUACACUUGUAAUAUAAAAUGAAUAAAAAUUUUUAAAAUUUAAUUUUCAACGUUCAAAAGUACGAUGACGAUAAGAUCGAAUUAUAAAGAGAAAUUAUAUUUUUUAUAUCUUGCAAAUGUGUAAAUAAUAACAAUUUUUGGCAAGAAUAAAUAACUCGAUAAACAA